AGCAACGUCGAGAAAGGGACAGAAGGUUUUGUCAGUGCAGAAAGGGCCGAAGGAGGCCAACGGAAAAAGAGAGAGAGAGAGAGAGAAACAACGAAAGAAAGAAAGAGAAACCUCUCUCUCUUUCUUUCACACUCCUAUGGUGUAUACUCUCUCUCUCUCACACACACACACACACACACAGUCGCCUACACGACGUCGUCCUCACCCUUCCUUCCUUCCUUCCUUCGAAACUUCCCAAACCCAAAUAGCUUCUCCAUUCCUUCCCUCUUCCAUUAAUUGAAAAAACUCCAAACUAUAUGACUUUUUUUUUUAAAUGAUUAAAUAAAUCAAAGAGGAAGAGGAAUCUCUAUGGUUAUAAUUUAUAAAUUAGUCGUCUGAGUCAACUCACCCCGAGUUAUGGGCUGCUGCGAAUCCACCUUUCUAAGAAGACCCGAUUCACUGCACAAAACCAAUCACCACCACCACCUCUACAACAACAACACCAACACCAAUCGUCUCACUCAGACCAAUAAUGGCCCUUCCUCACCUUCCAUUGCUGGAAAAGAUUCCCUUGCCGGUGGGGCUGCGGGCUUCCCUGAUUUCUCCGAGUUCUCCCUUGCUGAGCUCAAGGCUGCCACCAACAACUUCAGUUCCGAUUUCAUCGUCUCUGAAUGCGGUGAAAAGGCCCCCAAUGUGGUCUAUAAAGGCCGCCUCCAAAACGACAAUAAUCGACGUUGGAUCGCCAUCAAGAAAUUCACUAGAUUAGCCUGGCCCGAUCCUAAACAAUUCGCCGAUGAAGCUCGCGGUGUUGGAAACCUUAGACACAAGAGAGUGGCUAAUUUGAUUGGGUAUUGCUGCGAUGGCGACGAGAGAUUGCUUGUUGCUGAAUACAUGCCGAAUGAUACCCUUGCAAAGCAUUUAUUUCACUGGGAGAACCAGACUAUUGAGUGGGCUAUGCGGUUGAGAGUUGCUUUAUACAUAGCUGAAGCAUUAGAUUAUUGUAGCAGCGAAGGUCGUCCAUUGUACCAUGAUUUGAAUGCAUAUAGGGUUCUCUUUGAUGAGAAUGGCGACCCUCGACUUUCAUGUUUUGGUUUGAUGAAGAACAGCAGGGAUGGAAAAAGUUAUAGUACAAAUCUUGCAUACACGCCUCCUGAGUAUUUAAGAAAUGGAAGGGUUACUCCUGAAAGUGUUAUAUUCAGCUUUGGAACUGUCCUUUUGGAUCUUCUCAGUGGAAAACACAUUCCUCCAAGUCAUGCUCUGGAUAUGAUAAGAGGCAAAAACAUUCUUCUCUUAAUGGAUUCACAUCUAGAGGGACACUUUUCAUCUGAAGAGGCAACUGUGGUCUUUGAUCUUGCCUCACAAUGUUUGCAAUAUGAACCAAGGGAGAGGCCAAAUACCAAAGAUCUUGUGACUACACUUGCCCCAUUGCAAAAUAAACCUGAUGUUCCAUCUUAUGUGAUGUUGGGAAUUCCCAAGCAUGAGGAGGGGCCUCCUACUCCGCAGCAGCCGUUGUCUCCAAUGGGUGAUGCCUGUUCACGGAUGGAUCUCACAGCUAUCCAUCAAAUUUUGGUAAUGACACAUUACAAAGAUGAUGAAGGAACAAAUGAGCUCUCCUUUCAAGAGUGGACUCAACAAAUGAGAGAUAUGUUGGAGGCAAGAAAGCGGGGAGAUGUAGCAUUUCGUGACAAAGAGUUUAAAACUGCUGUAGAUUGUUAUUCUCAGUUCAUAGACGUUGGAACCAUGGUUUCUCCAACUGUUUAUGCACGAAGAAGUCUUUGUUAUCUUCUGUGCGAUCAACCAGAUGCUGCCCUCCGAGAUGCAAUGCAAGCACAAUGUGUGUACCCCGACUGGUCAACAGCAUUUUACAUGCAGGCUGUAGCCUUGGCCAAGCUAGACAUGCAGAAGGAUGCUGCUGACAUGUUGAAUGAAGCUGCGGCACUAGAAGAAAAAAGGCAACGGGGCGGCAGAGGAUCUUGAGACGUUGGUUCAAGUUUGUGGCUCUGUAACGUUCUUAUUUUUUGUAUGGGUGGGGGCCUAAAGAGCAAUUUGUGGCUGUCCUUGUGGUUGUUAGCAAACAUGCUGAGAUUAAUGUAUAAUGGAAAUUGAAAUUGUGGUUUUGUGCCAAGCAAUUUAUGGGAUGAUGUAAUGUGGAGGGAGGAAGGCAUUUGUUUUGCAUUGCCAUCACCUUUUCCUGUUCUUUGAUUUUAAUGAAAUAAUUGAUUUCGUUUA